AUGAGCAUUGAAACCACAACCCUGAUAUCCUUGAAGGAGGCAAUGAAAAGAGUAGACCACAAACUCCAAGCUUUGCAAACACAAUUCAAAGACCUGGACUUCACCGUGGAUAAUCUGACACAGAAAUUUGAACAUCAUAAUAAAACUCUGGCAAACCAAGCAGCCCAAGAUGAGAUGUGGACAGCAGUAUUGGCACUUAAGUUCACUUCAAUGGAAUUCAGUAUCUUAUACAGCUAUGUCAUUGAAGUACUUAUCCAUCUACAUACUCAUGUGCUCGAGAAGCUGCCUGACCUGGCGAGGAGUCUUCCCACUUUAGCCUCUGUUCUCAGGCGGAAAGUCAAGAACAAGCACGUUAGAGUUGUGUGGCAGUCUGUCCUGGAAGAGGAUGGGCUAGAAGAAGGAGAUGUCACAGCACUUUGCACCUUCUUUAUCGUCCACGGGAGCAAGGCAGAACACUACACUGCUAAAGUGAGGCAGAUGUACAUCAAAGAUGUCUCACUCUUGAUCACCAACAUGGUGAAGAACCGGGCUCUGAGGGAUGCUUUGUUGAAGGCUGUUCAGGUCAUUGAAAAGGGAAAAGCAGGGAGGAGCUACGAAGAGCCAAAGUCAUCCAUCAAAGAGCUCAUACUGUCAGUCAAAAACUAA